UGGGUAGUACCAGUGAAGAGACACACAAUGCUCAGUGGAUAAAAGGCUUGUAGUCCCAGCUGGGAAAAUAGUUCCAUUAUCUCCCAGCUGCAUAGACAUUCCAUACGGCUUGGUUCUGCCUGGAUGAACAGUGUGGCUUGCUGAGAGCUUGAAACAGUUCUGCAGAAAAUUGUAGAGAUCCUGAGACAUUUCACUGUUAAGAUCUAAUAUAAAGACAGUUCCAGGAAGAUAUAUUUUAUUCUCUGCUGAUUGGAUGGGAGGGAUUUUUGACCUUGGAAAGUGGAGAUGAUGUUGCUAUGGAAACUAGUCAUUCUGUUGCCACUCCUGAGCUGCAACACAGAGGAAGAUACUCUUCACAGUCCUAUUUUUAUUCAAGAGCCAUAUGACAUCAGUUAUUCUAUUGGUUCAGAGGAUCCUGAAAUACUGCUGAAUUGUACAGCCAAAGGAUAUCCAUUGCCAUACUACAGGUGGAAGCAAAAUGGCAGAGAUAUUGAUCUUACCAUGAGUUAUCACUACAGGUUGGUUGGAGGCAGCUUGGCAAUCAAUAACCCACAUACAAAACGGGAUACUGGAACAUACCAGUGUUUGGCUACAAAUUCAUUUGGAACAAUUCUGAGCAGGAAGGCAAAGCUUCAAUUUGCAUAUCUUGGAAAUUUUGAAACCAAAACAAGAAGCACUGUCUCAGUCAGAGAAGGACAAGGAGUGGUUUUGCUUUGUGGUCCUCCACCACACGAUGGAGACCUUUCCUAUGCUUGGAUCUUCAAUGAUAACCCCUUGUAUGUUCAGGAGGACAGCCGUCGAUUUGUCUCCCAAGAGACAGGAAAUCUAUACAUCGCCAAAGUAGAGCUAUCUGACGUGGGCAAUUACACCUGUGUUGUAACUAACGCUAAAUCAGAACAAAGUGUUCGGGGCCCACCCACUCCACUCAUCCUCCGUAGUGAUGGUGUGAUGGGAGAGUAUGAACCAAAGAUUGAAGUACAUUUUCCAGAAACAACAUACGCAGAGAAGGGUUCAUCUGUUAAACUGGAAUGCUUUGCCCUUGGAAAUCCAGUUCCCAGUAUUAGCUGGAAGAGGAGUGAUGGACACCCAUUGGCAAGGAAAAUCAAACACUACAAAUCCAAAGGAGUCCUUGAAAUCCCAGAUUUUCAGCAGGAAGAUGAAGGUUUUUAUGAAUGUAUUGCAGGGAACAUUAGAGGAAGAAACAUUGCAAGAGGUCAACUAAUAAUCUAUGCGCUCCCUGAAUGGGAUAAAAAAAUCCAAAAUGCCUAUCUGUCUCUCUAUGACAGCUUGUUUUGGGAAUGUAAGGCAAGUGGAAAACCAAGUCCUUCCUACAGUUGGUUAAAAAAUGGCCAACCCCUUAUGCCAGAGGAGAGAAUUCAAAUAGAAAAUGGAACUCUUACCAUAACUAUGCUGAAUGUGUCAGAUUCUGGCCUCUAUCAGUGUGUUGCGGAAAAUAAAUACAAUACAAUUUACACCAAUGCUGAGUUAAGAGUGAUAGCUUCUGCCCCAGAUUUUUCCAAAAAUCCUGUGAAACAAUUGUCAGUUGCUCAAGUUGGGGGUGAAGUUACCAUUGAAUGCAAGCCAAAUGCUUCUCCCAGGGCAGUUAUCAACUGGAAAAAGGGCACCAAUCUUCUGCAACAAAACAAAAGGAUCUUUAUGCUAGAUGAUGGCAGUCUCAAGAUAUAUAAUAUUACCAAAACAGAUGCAGGAGUGUACACUUGUAUAGCAAUGAAUCAGUUUGGAGUUGCCAGGAAUUCAGGAAACCUGAUUGUGAAAGAGAGGACUGUAAUUACUGUUCCACCUUCUAAAAUGGAUGUUACAGUUGGAGAGAGUAUAGUGCUACCAUGUCAGGUAUCCCAUGACCCCUCUGCUGAGGUUGUGUUCACAUGGUCAUUCAAUGGAGAUGUGAUAGAGUUUAAAAGAGGAGUGAAUCAUUUUGAAAGAAUUGGAGGAGAAUCUGUUGGGGAUUUGAUGAUAAGAAAUAUUCAGCUAAAUCAUUCCGGGAAAUAUGUUUGCAUGGUACAAACAACCAUAGACAGUCUAUCUGCAACAGCAGAUGUAAUUGUAAGAGGCCCUCCAGGUCCCCCACAAGAUGUUAGAGUCGAACACAUUUCUAGCACUACUGCCCUGCUAUGCUGGAGACCAGGAACAGAUAAUAAUAGUCCAGUCCAUAUCUACAGUGUUCAGACAAGGACUCCUUUUUCAGUUGGAUGGCAGGCAGUUUCAACCGUUCCUGAAGUUCUCAAUGGCAGAACCUAUUCAGCAACCGUGACUGGUUUAAACCCUUGGGUGGAAUAUGAAUUCCGUGUGGUUGCUGGCAAUAACAUUGGGAUUGGGGAGCCAAGCAGACCAUCAGAGCUGCUAAGAACGAAAGCAUCAAUUCCUCUAGUGGCACCAACAAAUGUGAGCGGAGGCGGAGGGAGUCGCUCUGAGCUUGUCAUCACAUGGGAGUCAGUUCCUGAAGAAUUACAAAAUGGGGAAGGUUUUGGCUACAUCAUUAUGUUUCGGCCUCUUGGUUCAACAAGCUGGACGAAGGCAGUAGUGGCUUCAAUAGAAGCAUCGAAGUAUGUCUACAGAAAUGAAAGUAUCACACCUCUCUCCCCUUUUGAAGUUAAAGUGGGUGUCUACAAUAAUGAAGGAGAAGGGACUCUGAGCUCCAUAUCUAUUGUCUACUCAGGAGAAGAUGAGCCACAGAUUGCACCAAAGGGGGUUUCUGUGCAGAGCUUUUCAGCUUCUGAAGUUGAAGUAUCUUGGAAUGCUAUUGCAUGGAACAGGCACACAGGAAGGGUACUUGGCUAUGAGGUUUUAUACUGGACAGAUGAUUCCAAGGAAACUGCAGCUGGUAAAGUUAGAGUCAGUGGAAAUGUAACAGCAAGAAACAUCACAGGACUAAAGGCCAACACAAUAUAUUUUGCAACAAUAAGAGCUUACAAUACAGCUGGGACAGGACCAUCCAGCACUCCAGUCAACAUCACUACUAAGAAAUCGCCACCAAGUCAACCACCAGUGAAUAUUGCAUGGAAACUGACAAAUUCAAAAAUAUGCUUGAAUUGGGAACAUGUAAAAACAAUGGAAAAUGAAUCAGAGGUGUUAGGCUACAAAAUUUCGUACAGGCAAAAUAGACAAAGCAAAACUCAUAUACUGGAGACAAAUAACACCUCAGCUGAGCUUCUGGUACCAUUUGAAGAAGAUUAUCUCAUAGAAAUAAGAACAGUCAGUGACGGUGGGGAUGGCAGCAGUAGUGAGGAAAUUAGGAUUCCAAAAAUAUCAAGUUUAAACUCCAGAGGAACAAAAUCAUUCCAGUUGGUAGUCCAUGUGCUAACAAAUGGGAUUAUGAUUCUGAGUUGCAUUCUUACUUUCUCAGCUCUUUGAUGAUUAAAGCCAGGGACAGUCAUGGACUUUUGAAAGUAAAUCAUCUAUAGAUUUUAUCCUGAUACUAAAGCCACAGCCAACAUUCGCGAUGACUAUACUAUUGAGGGGUGGGAAUGUACACUGUACUUUAUUAAGAAUGUAAAUAACAAUAUUGCAUUACUAAAAUAUAUUAAAAUCUGAGAAUAAAUAUAUAUAAAUAAAUUAAACGGAGUGGUGCCAAAAUAUAGCUGUGUGAUUGCAAUAAGUGACAUCUAUUAUAUUUUGCAAACAAUGAGAUAUGGUACAAAUCCAGUUUAAUUAUAUGACCCACAUGAAAGACCCAGGCCAACUCAUAAAUUGUGAAUUGAUAAUAAAGAAGGAAUAGGUUUGCAGAUGUUUGUGAAGUGGAUAUUUAGCCUACCUUCUCAUUUCAAUCUAUACACAAGAAUAAUAACCACACUUCACAAUUUAAUGAAAUAAUAUUUGUUUACAUUUUGCACCUAUUUGUAUCAGGUUACUACUUAGAUGUUACAAAACAUGAAUUGACAUAUAAUGUACCCUUUUGAACUUUACCAAAUUAUUUUCUCUGAAAAGGGAAAUAGUCAUCUGCUUCUACAAAAGGAAUUAGAGUCCAGUCCAAACCCAUUGAACUCAGUUAAAACAAUCCCAUUGACUUCAAUCCCACAGCCCUUGGAUCAGGCCUUCAACAGGACAAUAUUUCUUAUGAUAUAGCAUACACUAAACCAGUAUAUUCUCAAAUACGCUUUUAAAAAACUUUUUCAUGCAAAGAAACUAUUCUGGUCAAUAAAUCAAGCAUUUCAGAGGGGACUAAAUAUUUAUUAUUUAUUAUUAUGAAAGGAACAUCUUCAUGGUUGGUCUGCGAAAUAUUUGAUGUACUAUUUUUCUUAUAAAUGUUUGGAAAAUCAAUGUAAUUUUGUGUUUCAUUUUCUAAAUCAUCUGCUUCAGUUCUGUUUUUCUAAUAAAUAAAUAACUGAAUAAUCCAACCAUAUAGUUACUUAAAUAUUUAAGACUAUAUUUUCAUCUUACUGCUUUUGGAUAUACUUUGUGUACAUAAUUUCCUUUAGCAUUAAUGCAAUUCACAAGCAUACAACAGUGCCACUCAGGAGAUGAAAAGUUGAUGUGUGACCUUAUAGAAAACUCACCGCAUUUUCACUGUAUCUUUUUUAUACCAAUACUACCCUAUUGAAUAAAAUGCAAUCAUUGAAAGAAUUAAUAACGAAUCUAAGGAGAGCUUUUUUCUGUUAUCAAUAAAGUAUACAGUGGCUUGUUGAAAAGCUCUGCAUAUUGAUUUGACAUAAAUCAUCCCAAAUGUUGAAAAAGUUCUGAAAU